UAUCUUCUGUUUCUGCAUAGCAAACUACACUUGCACUAAAAUAAAAAAAAAACACACAGGCGCAGAUACACAGAGGAAUCCAAAACCAUGAACCAAACACUUCUCUUCCUGUUUCAUUUCAGAAUAGAAUCAGCUGUCUUCGUAUAGUACAGAAAAAAAUAAAUGUGUCCAUACCUCUAAGAAGACAGUACCCACGAAGAAAAUAAAUUCUGUUAAUCCAUUUGUCUGUGGUAAAGUUUAAUGUGAAGUGAGACCUUAAAACUUGAACGGGCUCAUCAGCAGAGGUUCAUCUCAUUGUGACACUGACAGGAGACAUGAAGCAAAUUGUCUUCAUGUUUCUUCUGCUCUACUGGAACACACAAUCAGCUCGGAGUGAAAUAUUCAGUCAGAGUGUCACUGAGGGAGAUAAUGCAUUCCUCUACUGUAAACAUGAGGGGAAAGUGGUAUGGAGUAAAGAUAGAGAUGGACAAAGAAGGACUAUUCUCAGUGUUCAAAAUGAAGAGAUAAAGAAAUACAUUGAUGAUCCGCACAACCGUUAUCGUGUAUUGAGUGAUUUAUCACUACACAUAAAGAGUGUUUCUCUCUCAGACUCUGGAAUUUACAACUGUAAUGAGAAUACAGUUGUGAAUCUGACAGUAACAGCAUCAGUGACCCCCAUAACUACAGUGAUUUCACAAAGAAGCACUGUCAAAGAAUCCAAGAGCACUCAAUCUAACACCCACCCACAAUUCACCUCAACAGUGACCCCCAUAACUACAGUGAUUUCACAAAGAAGCACUGUCAAAGAAUCCAAGAGCACUCAAUCUAACACCCACCCACAAUUCACCUCAGCAGUGACCCCCAUAACUACAGUGAGUUCACAAAGAAGCACUGUCAAAGAAUCCAAGAGCACUCAAUCUAACACCCACCCAAAAUUCACCUCAACAGUGACCCCCAUAACUACAGUGAUUUCACAAAGUGUCAAAGAAUCCAAGAGCACUCAAUCUAACACCCACCCAAAAUUCACCUCAGCAGAUUCUGUUGGUGUUAUCGUGGCAGUCUCCUGUGGAGUUGUGUUUGUGGCCCUCGUACUCUUGAUACUGGCAUGUAUCAAAAGGAAAGCUGUCAUUACUAACAAAAAGGAGAAGGUGAAUAUAUAUGAGACUGUAGAUAAUGGUGAUUCUACAGCACAACCUGCAGUUCCCCCACAAAAGCAAAAUGACACCGUAUAUUACUUGGCUGGAGACCCUAAUAUAGUUAAUCUUGGUCAAAGCAAGGAGAUUGCUGAUCACACGUAUACUUUGAUAUCAGAGUCGGAGUCAAAGGAGAAUCUCACUGACCAAGGACAGGAUGAGCCAUUGUACUCUACAAUCAAAUAACUUAAAGUGGAUUCUGGAACAAACUAUGAACUGGGAAAAAAAUGCAAAUGGAGGCAGAAUAGAUUAUGAUUAUUCUGAUACAAAGAUUGGAAAAGUAUAAGAAUACUAUGAUGGCAAUAUUUGUUGUUUAUAGCUUUGAUUUCUUUAUAUUUUAAUAAUUUAUUCACAGUUGCAAGUAAAAGUUUGCAAACCCUUUGGAAUUACCUGAAGUUCUGCACUGAUUACAAAUAAAAUGUGGUCUGAUCUUCUAAGUCACAUUUAUACAUAGACAAACACAAUCUGACACACACAAACAGUUGUACUUUCCAAAAUUGAAUUGAAGACAUUGAGUAAUUAUUUACAGUUCAGACUGGAAAAAGUAAGUGAACCUCUGUUAAUGACUUUUCCAUUAGCUAAAUGAGGCCAGGUGAUUUAAUUUAGGAGAUGAGAUUGGUAGCAUGGGUUGAACAGGUGCACUGCCCUUUAAAUAAACGCACACAAAGCCUGGUUACUGACAAAUCUGUUUCUCUUAAGAAAGAUUGGUUGGUGUGAACCAUUCCUUGAUCCCUAAACUUUUACAGGACCUUAGGAGAUGCACAAAGCUGGAAAAGGCUUCAAAAGCAUUGUCAAAGACCUGGGUGUUCAUCAGUCCACAAUAAGACUAGUUGUCUGUAAAUGGGGAAAAUUCAGGCCUGUUGCUACUCUCCCUAGGAGUCUGGGUAGUGCAAAGGGGAAUGGGCAAUCCUGAAAGAAGUGAGGAAAAACCCAAAGGUAACUGCAAAACAUCUAGAAAACUCU